CUCAAACCCAGACCGCCUGUCUGUGUGUCUCUGUCCCUGCCAUGAUUUGAAUAAGUCAGCUAUUUCCUUCAGUACAGUACACAACCAAAUAACCUGCUCACCUGAUUGAUUCAUCACACCACAUGAAUAAGAUCAAUAGUAUUUAAUAAAAUAAACCGACCAUGGUACUUCUUCCUGCCCUGCUUCUCCUCUCGGUUGUUCCCAUUUCAAGCGGUUCAGAUCGACUAAGAACAAAAUUCUACUUUGUUGAAACACAAAUGCGGAUAGAUGAUGCACUGAGGGCUUGUAAAGACAACCACACGGACCUUGUCACAAUCUAUGAUAAAGAAUGGAAUACGGAGCAAGCUAAACUAUUAGUGAAUGGAUCUAAUAAUUGUAGCUUGAUUGGAGCCAACGGCUGUACAUGGUCAGACGGUGAACCGGUCACAUUCAUCAACCUCAGCAGGAUUUUUACUGAGGAAAAAUGCUGUGGUGCCCUAACCACUGGUGGAAAAUGGGAGUGUGUCAACUGUACUUCAAGAAUGUACUUCAUGUGUUAUAAAAAAAAAGGUCAAGAUCAGACACCAUUUUAUAGUUUAAUUCCUGAAAACAAAACCUGGUUUGAGGCUCAGCUGUACUGCAGAGAGAAUCACACUGAUUUAGUCACUAUCAGAAAUGAGGAGGAAAAUCAACUGGUGAAGAAUGCAGUAAAUGGGAGUGACUCUAUCUGGAUUGGCCUUCGGUAUAAUUACAGUGUUGCAUGGACUGAUGCUGGACAAUCUGGUUACAAAGAAAAAUGCUUUAGACUUCUCUCAAAUCGCCCAAAUGAAUCUUGUGAAACGAAAAAGAGUACCUGUGCUGCUCUUUGCUACAAAAGGUUCAUUCAUGUUAGUCCAGUUUAUGCAACCUGGGAGCAGGCUCUGGAUCACUGUGACAAAAAGUUUGCAGGACUACUGCGCUUCGAGUCUGAGGAUGAUCAGACAGAAACGGAGCGAGAGCUAAAAAGACAGAAUAUCUCGGGGCCCGUGUGGGUGGGGCUUAGACAGAGUCGACUUUUCGGAUUCUGGAUUUGGUCCAACGGGCUCUAUGUGGGAAACUGGAUCAAAUGGAAAGGAGGAAGUCCACCGGAGCAUCAAAUGUCCCAGCACUGCGGUGCCUUAGAGAAGAGAGUGAACGACACAUUCGAAUUGAGUGAUAAAGACUGCAGAUCUGAAUUUAGGUUUUUAUGUGAGGUAAAGUAAUAAAUGCACAGUUUUCAGCGCUCCGCCUCCCUAGAAUGAGGGAAGAAAAAAAAAAAAAAAAAAAAAAGUAUAAUAAAGCUAUACUUGCUGUUUUUGUUGCCUUUUUCAUGUUUAUCUAAUUGAGUCAUUCACUGUAUGAUUUUACUACUGUAAACCUUUAUGCUUUAAACUAAGAAUUAGCAUUAAAAGUUGUUUAUGAAUGCACAUGACAUCCACUUGUUCACUGCUAAUAUCUACAGCAUUUGUAUCUGGUGUAUCUAUAAGUAAACUGAGACAUGCAGCCGGUUCAUUAAUAUCAUAAGUGUGCUAUCUGUGAUCGCGACAAUGCAAUGCAGGUGUGUUGCAAAGAUUGCAUAUUUAUGCAAACAAACAAACAAACAAAUAAAUGAUAAAACAAA